GAGCUGCUUCUGUCAAUUAUACGGCAUACUACAAACGAUAUCUAAUUGGGAACUAUGGUUAUCUUAUCUUUUCCGUAUUUUAUUCUUCGAAUCGGGCCGUCUGUCAAUUAUACGACAUAUAAACGAUAUCUAAAUGAGAACUAAUCUAAACCAGAACUUAUCGUUAUCGUAUCUCAUUCUUGGAAUCGGGUCGAUAGGUACGGACCGAUUGAAUUCGGGGAUUUAUUGGAAGAGCCGAAUUCAGGUUCAAAACAACCCAGAACCUAAAGAAAAUAGAUUGCAAUCAGUACGCAGUGAUGUACGUACAGCGGCGGCUGCGUGCCGCGGAUCGAUCGCGCGGCGCCGCGGCGGCUCGCCGCCCAUUCGCAAGCUUCGCACGGCCCAGCGUAACGUGACCUCUGCAAUCCUAACACACGCAUAUUCAAAGACUACAAAUAUAGUGAUUGGCGGCGGGUGCGCGAGCCGCAGUGUGCGGCGCGCCUCCACGCCGACCGACCGUGUCCACGCAGCAGUCAUGCGCGGUGUGUUACUCGCGCUGCUGGGCGCCGUGGCGCUGGGCCUGCCCGCCGCCGCGCGCCGCCUCGACCAGGACUUCGAGUUCGACGACGAUGCGGAGGGGACGGCGCGGCGCCCGCGGCGGUACCUGUACGACCCGAACAGCCCGCUGUGCCACGCGCUGGUGUGCGCGCGCCGCGAGCAAUGCGUGCUACGCGACGAGCGCACCGCGCUCUGCGCAGACCGCGCGCGCCUCUUGCGCAACGGAGAUGUGGUGGUGAACGCCGACUCCGAAGCGGCCCGCGAGGACGACGUGUUCUACGAGUCAACCGCACCCGCAGGCGGCAGCGGGAGCGGCGGUGACCAGCGCUGCGUCGGCUGCGGCUCCGUGCCACGGGCACAGUUUCUAUGCGGCUCCGACAACCGAACAUACUCGUCGCUCUGCCGGCUCGACUUGCACAACUGCGUGCGCCGGCCCGCGCCGCCCGUGGCGCUCGCGUGCCGCGGCUUCUGCCCCUGCCGCCGCCGCGCGCAGGACUCCUCUGACCGCGACGAGUGGCAUCAUCGCGGCCGCCGCCGCGGCCGGCGGCCGGGCGCGCGCGACGGCGCCGGGCCGGCGGGGCGGCGCCGCGAGCGCCCCGCGCCGCCCGCCGCGCCGCCCGUAGCGCCCGAGGGCUGCGCGCCCGACAAGAUGGCCGACCGGCUGCUCGACUGGUUCUCCGUGCUGAUGGACGAGGCAGGGGAAUCGCCGCCCGACCGACAUGGGUUCCCUCACGACUGCAAACCGGAGACGCGCUGGAUGUUCGCGCACCUCGACACCGACGGCGAUGGCAUGUUGUCGUCCACCGAACUGUAUGCACUUAGACACGACUCGCGCGAGCGCUGCCUGCGGCCGUUCCUGUCGGGCUGCGGCGCGGGCGCCGGGCUGGUGCCGCGCGCCGGCUGGUGCGGCUGUCUGCGCCGCGCCGCGCGCCCCUGCCUCGCCCUGGCCAGGGCACAUGCCGCCCGAGCGGCGGGCGGAUACGUGCCCGCCUGCGACGCGGCCGGCUACUACCGGCCCAGGCAGUGCCACGCCGCGCUGGGCGUGUGCUGGUGCGUGGACGCGCACGGGCAGGAGCUGCCCGGCUCACGAGGCAAGGGCGCGCCCACGUGUCCCGGCGAAAAGCUGUCAGCGAACGCUAUCAGCUUGAGCAACGAGACGGGCGAAGACGCGCAAGAAGCGCAAGAGCGAGCACGCGAGCCCGCCGAGCGCGGAAACCCCGCCGAGCGCGGCGACCUCACCGAGCACGACGCGCGCGGCGCGCCCGCCGACGACGAGGACGCGCUCGCCGCCGGCAGCGGCGACGCCGAGCUGCGCUUCUGAGCACCACGAGCGGUGCUCUUGCAUAAACGCGACCCCACCGUUGUUUCUUUCAAUCUGAGGAUACAAUUAUAUAAUAAGGAGCCAACAGAUGAGCGACGUCGCCAUCGGAUGUAUCGAAGUACUUAAAAGAACGAUGAUAAGGGUGUAGAAGUAGGUUACCUAGAUGUCAUAUUCAGAUAUUAUCGAACAACUUAGUGAACAGCAUUUAUAGUGUGCACGGACACGAUUUGAUGGCGACGGUACAGUUUAUACUGGGAAUACAAAAUACAGUUUUAACAAUGUACUAAAGUUGUAAAAAAUCUACAUGUAAGUAAUUGUAUACGUCCUUUUCAUUCGUUCGGUCUAAAAUUGUUUACCUAAAUAGGUAGGUGAUAAUCAAGUGAAAAUUUUCAAUCUUUGUUUGGAAAUAUGGGCACAGUUUGUGAUGAGUGAGCCUGAUGCCUUUGAGACAUGUAAGUAGUACAAUCGGCAGCAAAAGUACACGAGCAAAUCUUCAGUUCACGAGUCACGAGUCACAAACAACAUUCAGAAAAGAUUAUACCUACUUACUCAUGAUAGUCAUGAUACAGUACAAUAUAAGUAAACUAUCUUUGAAAUGCUAAAUAUAUUUUUAACGAAUGUCAUCUCAAUUUACUAUUUAUACUUACCUACUAGAACUUCUUAACUAUCUAUGUAGAAUGUUAAGCAUUAGUUUAGUUUAGACCCCCAUUUCGCCGCAUGCUACCUGACAAAGCGGACCAUGAGUAUCCUCAGCAGAUAGGUUAGUUUAUGUUAACAGUAAACACUAGAUAUUCUAAUUAGGUUCAGAUUCAGAUUAGUCAAGCAUAUAAUUUCAGUUGAAUGAAUGACCUUGCAAACUAAAAUAUUUGUAGGCCUAAAGUCUAAGGCCGCGGACUGGACGCAAGCGGCGUUCGACAAAUCAAGGCCAUUCAUACAUUGCGCUCGACUAAAUGUAUGCUGAUGUGAUUUGCUUGCGUCCAGUCCGCAGCCUAAAGGAUGACUCACGCCAGACCGGCCCGUGCCCGGGCCGUUCUUUACGACGGCUGACCGGUGAUCACGUGUUGCUUUCCUUAGAAAACGAACCGCCGGAAGCUCCGGCCCGGCCUAGCGUGAGUCACCCUUAAAGGGACAUGCAUGUGGCCUAAGCCGUUUGCUCUUUUGAAAUAUUUACCGUCCAAAGAACAAACAACAUGAUGAAAGAAUCAAUAUAUUAGCAAAAGGUUGAUACUUAACCACUCUCCAGAUAUAGAUUGUUACGUUUUAUUUCAUUUAGUUGAAGUAUUUCUCGUGUUUUCAUCUAGGAGUCUUUCAUAGAAUAGUGUCAAACUUUGUAUUAAUGGGCUGUUUCAAGCCAUGUAGCAGGCUAUGUACUUAAUAAAAUAUAUUUAUAGGAUAUGUUAAUGUUGAACCAUUAAAUGUUUUGGAGUGUGACGUUCCAGACUAGAGGGUCUGUGUAAUAAUAAACAUGUAAUAGGUAAUAAUAAUAAAGAUAGUGUAAGCUUAUGAAUGUUUGAUAUUACUAUAGUGGAGCCCCGCUCCGAGGCCAGGACGAGAAGGGUCUCGUAACAAGUCACAUUAGGUAGACAAUUAUUUGCACUUUUUUAAAUCUCACUGUAUGUAAUGUAACAAAAUAAAUAAAAUUUAGCCUGUACGGGACUUAAUAACAA